CAUCUCCUUGCGGAACCUCAUAGGAUCGGGACAAGGAACCAGCGUGGGCUCCUAGAAGACUCGGAUGAGGGAGGUGUCCUGCUCCAAGGGCGAAGGAUAUCGCUAGGACAAGAAACUCGCCAUGCGGUGGACGCUGCUGCUGCUGCUGCUGCUGCUGUUGACGGCGCGGAGCCAGAGCCUCGCUGCGUCUCUCCAGGAAAGGCUCGCGCAGUUCCCACCUACUCGGCGGGGCUCGGGCGACGGCGGCGGCGACCACACCACCGACCCGCCCUGCGCCGGGCUCCUCGGCGCGGGGCCCGCGGCCGUGAGCCUGGCGAACCGCGGCCUGGAGCGCCUGCCCCGCUGCCUCCCGCGCACGCUGCGCGUCCUGGACGGCAGCCACAACCUGCUGCGCGCCCUCAGCGCCGGGGAGCUCCGCCCCCUGCCCGAGCUGCGGGUGCUGAUGCUGCGCCACAACCGCAUCGCCGCGCUGCGCUGGGGCGGCGCCGCGCCCGCCGCGCUGCACACGCUUGACCUCAGCUACAACCUGCUGGCCAGCCCGCCGCCCUGCCCUGGGCCCGCGCUGCGCAGCCUCCGCACGCUGGCGCUCGCCGGCAACCCGCUGCAGGCGCUGCCGCCCCGCGCCUUCGCCUGCUUCCCCGCGCUGCGGAUGCUCAACCUCUCCUGCAGCGCGCUGGGCCGCGGAGCCCACGGGGCCAUCGCCGAGGAGGCGUUCGUCGGGCAGGACGGCGGGCCCCUGGCCGCUCUCGAGGUCCUGGACCUCAGCGGCACGUACCUCGAGAGAGUUGAGUCUGGGUGGAUAAGCAGCCUGCCAAAGCUCAAAUCUCUCUACCUGAGGAAGAUGCCCAGGCUGAGGUCCCUGGAGGCAGACAUUUUCAAGAUGACCCCCAGCCUGCAGCAGCUGGAUUGUCAAGAUUCCUCAGCACUUACUUCUGUCCACACACACAUCUUUCAAGACACUCCUUGUCUGCAGGUCCUUAUGUUCCAGAAUUGCAACUUGAGUACCUUCCGCCCUUGGACUAUGAGCUUCUCCCAGGUCCUGUUUGUCAGCCUCUUGGGCAAUCCUCUCACGUGCAGCUGUGAGCUGGCCUGGCUCCUCAUGGAUGCAAACAGAACCGUCCUUCACAGGGCAGCAGACACUGUUUGCACCCCUGCUGCAGGAUCGGAGGGCCCCUUCUCAGGCCCUCUCUCUCUCUCCCAGCUGUUUGGUGUGUGUAAGUCGGACCAAAGCACCCCCUUCCCAACUUCAAACCCACCUUCUUUUGACCACUCAGUGUGUGUACAGCAGACAUGGGUUCCCUCCACUGGGAAGAGCACAGUUCUUUCUGCUCAGCCUGGGGAAGGCCAUCAAAAUGUCACUGAAGCCUCCUCCCACACCACUGUGUCUCUUACACAAAGGGUGUGGUCACAUAGUGAUGCUUUGGAGAGAAUUGCCUUAUCCCGCACUGAUGAGAGGGUUCCAUCCAGAGCUGCCAGCACAGUGGUGGCAGAGCAUCAAGGACAUGCUGCCACACAUGUCCUCAAGCCGAGUAUCUCAGCUGCCUCCACUAGACUGGCCAGGAAGCACCUUAGUCCCUUUCCUACCUCGCCAAACCCGAUGAACAUGUCUCAGCACAACCAAAGGUUAAGGUCCACUCAUGAGACUGUCCACUCAAAUCCCUUUGAAGAUGAAAUUCCAGUCACCCUGCUGGAUGACAGUGAGGAAGCAGCGGGGACUCAGGAAGAGGUGGGGGCUCCUCAACUGCGUGUCCGUUGUGACUACCACCCUUGCAAGCAUCUGCAGACCCCGUGUGCAGAGCUGCAGCAGCGCUUGCGGUGCCUCUGUCCUGGUCUCAGUAAGGAGGACACCAUCCCCGACCCUCCCAAGCUGCAGGAGGCGGCAGAGGUGACAGACACGUCGAUGCUCAUUCGCUGGUGUGCCCCUAACUCUGUGGUGUUCUGGUACCAUGUCCAUUACUCUGCAGAAGGAGGGGUGGGGAACCAGUCGGUGGGGAACAUCUAUUCAACAGCCCGGCAGCACCCCCUGUAUGGGCUAUCACCAGACACUACCUACCACGUAUGUGUGUUGGCAGCCAACAGAGCUGGCCUGAGCCAGCCACAGACCUCGGGCUGGAGGAGAUCAUGUACCAACUUCAGGACCAAGCCUAGCUCAGUGAUCAUCUUUUGGGGAAUGUGUACCACUAGUAGCUUGCUGCUGCUCAGCACCCUGGUGUUGUCUGUAUGUCUCUGCAGGCAGCGCUGGAAGCCACACAGGCAGUGCUAUGACACACACUUGGUGGCCUUCAAAAACCCAGCCAAGGAUGAGGUUGUAGCUCAGUGGUAGAGUGACUGUCAAGCACAUGAAAGGACCUGGGUUUACCCCUAGCAUGGGAUCCAAACAACAAACCAGCCUUGGACUAUCUGCGGAGGCUCCAACUAACACAGCUUCUUUCUAUCACACUCCAGCUGCACUGAAGGAAAGGAAGAUGGAGGGUCUGAAAACAAGCACAUCAGCUCCAAUUUCUCUAAAGCCAGAACUCUUGCCACACUCCUGCUCUAGCCAAGGGAUAAGGGCUAGAAUUAUCUUUCUUCUGCUUCACCCUAUUCCUGGGAACCCGAUGGUUACCACCAGACAAUUCUGUUGGCACUUGUGUGUUGUCUUCUUUGGGCUUUUCAGCAGUCAGUGUCCCCUUCAGUAUCAAGCAGAAUAGUGUAUGGAAGGAGGGGAGAAGACAGCAAUUGCAUAACUCGACUUCUUCUGUCGAAUUGGAAAUGAUAGACACCCUUAGGUCUCUUCAGCACAAUGAGUGGUGGCUAAGGGAAGAGCUGCUGGUGGUUUCCUAUAGCCUUCCGGGUUUAUUAAUUGCAAUUCACAAUUUGUCAAGAAUGUAUUUUUCAGUUUUAAAUUGGUCAUCUGGUAACAUUUGUGAAACACAAAGCUGUUUGCAAAACAUUUAGCACUUACUGUUUUCAUCCAAGACUAAGUGGACAAAAGUACAAUGAACCUUGUAGUUUGUUGUUCAGACAAGGACUAUACAUGCAGCCCAGGUUGGUCUAGAACUUGGGAUCCUCCUGCCUCUGUCUCUCCAAGUGCUGGGAUUAUGCGAAUGUGACAUCAUACUUGGCUCUGUGAAUUCUGUUUUUAGAAAGCAAAGUUUACUUUUAAAACUUCUUUUAGCUGGUGUGGUGGCAUACCCCUUUAAUCCCAGCAUUUGAGAGGCUGAGGCAGGAGGACUGCUAUGAGUUUGAGGCCAGCCUGGGCUAGAGUAAGACCUUAAAAAAAAACAAAACAAAACCCCAAACAAAAACUAACUAGUGGUGGAAAAUGGGCAAGAAAGCACCUUCAGGUUCUAGCUAGAAGUGAGAGCAUUUCUUUUCAUCGAUGCCUUAAUGAUUUGUUUUAGUGUGGGAUUUGUCUACUGUACGCCUUUUCACUUUUAUGUACACCAAGGGAAAAAGUGAUUCCACCAAAUCAGCAUUGGGGCCAUUAUCUCCAGUCUUUUAAUUUUCUGUAAUUGUUAGUCUCCUGUGGAUGUGAAAAUUUACCACAAACUGUGGUUUAAAACAGCAGAAACUUAAGUUCCUCACAGCACAGGCUGGAGGUCUGAACACUGUCACGAGCAGGGCUGCUUCUUAUUGGGAGCUGAGGGAGAUUGUUUCAGAUCCUUUCCAAAUUUCUGAUGGUUGGUGGCAAGCUCUGGAGCUGAUCUGCAGAUGCCACUCCAACCUACACCUCCAUCAUCUCAUAGCAUGUUGUGCUAUGUCUCAAUGAAGACACGAGUUAUUGGAUUAAGGCCCACUGUGAUCCAGUGUGGCUUCCUCCUGACUUGAUUCAUCUACAAAGUCCCCAGUUUCAAAUCAGGUCCCACUCACAGGUACAGGAGGACUUAAGCACAGCUUUUCCUUCUGGUAGGGGAGUGGGAGGAAAAAAUUCAAAGCACAACUGUGCUUCUUUGUAUGGCAAGACCAAGUCAAGUUUGAAUCCUGACUUGUUUUUUUGAGGUAGGGUCUCAUCCCAGCCCAGGCUGACCUAGAAUUCACUAUGUAGCCUCAGGGUGGCCUUGAACUCAGGGCAAUCCUCCUACCUCUGCCUCCCAAGUACUGAGAUUAAAGGUGUGUGCCACCACACCUGGCUCAAAUCCUAACUUUCUAGAGCAUGCUGCAGCCUGUACAUCAUACUGCUUGUGCACUCUGAAUUCCACUGGAUUUUUAGGUAAAGUGCUGAA